AUGUUCUUGCACUGCAGAGAAGUAGUACAUGGCUGUUUGGACUUCACGUCUGUUGUCCUUGACAGAUACCUGAACGCAAAAACCAUUGUGUCGUCGUCAGUCCACAGAGUGAAGUCGUCUAAAGCCACCGGGGUGAGAAGCAAGGUGGACGAUGUGUUUCAUGUUGGGCUUCUGCUAUAUCGUCUGCUCACUGGGCAGAAGGCUAGAUUUGGAACGAAUGGCGAGCUACUGACCAAGCCCAGUCCUUAUAUGCGUAUAUCGGAAAAAGGAAUGAAAUUGGUCGAAUUCAUGUUCGCAACGAAUCUGAGGUUCCCUCCAACAAUUGGACGUGUUCGCUACAGUGAAUGGCUAGAGGAAUGUGAAGAAAAUCCACCGGUGUUUGUCUUGUUUCCUAAUUGA